CCUUCUUCUGAGCUCAUAGCCGCCUUCCAAAAAGCCUCUGCCACUGAAAAUAAUUCACCUAAUGGCCUCAUACAACGUCUGUCAGUCUGGUGGGGUAGAAAUAGGACUGGCCUCUACUUUCCGCCUAGCGAGUUAGCCAAUCAGAUCGACCACCUUGCACAAACGGGCAGCGCUUCGAUCUAUCAGUCGCCAGCAGAUGGCUCAGUACAGGCUUCAAUUCAUCUUGGCCGGAAAAUCAUCGAUCACUUGAAUAGCCUGGGUUCCUCUUGGAGCUUGGCUAAUGAUCUAUUGUCCUAUCAGGUAAAUUUUGCCGGUUUCAAUCUAACAACCUUUCCUGCGCCUUGGGUUGGUGGAAAUAUUCUGUCUAGUCUACUUAGUAACCUAGACUUUCUGCAGAUGAUUCGGCCACUUUCUAUGGACCUAUUAAGUCGAAAUGAUGCUAAUGUGACUGCUAGUUUGCUUCAUCGGAUUUUAGAACUGGCCCAGCUUGCUGUAGCCAAAGCAAGCCAGCUUAAUAAUAGCCUUUCAGGUGAAUAA